AUGUUAUUUUCUCUAUCAUCACCUGUUUUAUUACUUUUGAUAUUCGUUCUAAUUAUUGAAAGUAGUACUGGUAAUUCAUGCAAAGGUCAAGUCGAUCAAAUUGAUACAUGUAAGGCUGUGGUUCAGUUUCCCGGUGAUUGCGAUACAGCUACAGUUAAUUUAACUGACACUGAUUAUGCAAAAUGUAAUUCGGCAAAUUUUUUUUGGUCUUAUCCAGUUCAUAACUUAACAUUAAUUAUUCAAACACCGUUUACAGCACAAAAGCAACCUUAUACUACAUAUUUCGAUAAUGAACAAAUUGUAUCUGGCAUCUCACAUGUCUAUCGAAUAUUUAAUAAUCAAGAAACAGACGUAACAACUAAAGACAAAACACUUAUUCAAUAUUCUGAUGCUAACUAUCAAGUUGUUCUCAAAUUUCAAGGACCUGACCAUUUACAACGAUAUGGAGUUAAUAUUAACUAUGAUGCUGUGUCAAUGUAA